AUGCUCUCAAUGAUCCCCCGCCUGUUCAGACAUCUCCGCCCGCCGCUCGACAUUGUCGACUCCCGUCCUAGAGCGUCGCUCGUCGUGCCCUGGGAUCACCACGAACGUGCGCCGCCCUUUCCUCGGCUGAUCACGCCCUCCGUAUCUCCCCCCAUCAUCCGCCCCUGGCAGCACACCCGCGACAUCCCACCCGCCGCGAAACGACGCCGGCUGUCUUCAACACCCUCCUCGUCCUCGAUCCUCCGCGCGUCGACGUCCCGGCAGCCAUCCGUCGCGCCCGCGCUCGAGUCGAGCAACCGGCUGUUCGAGUUCUGGGACUCGCUCGCGGUGCGGUACAACAAGCCCCUGGACGAGGAUGACAUCGUAGACCUCCGCGACCUCGCGCUGCUCAAGGACCGGGGCGUGACGCGUGCAGCCGUGGGUACGUACGAGAUCGGGAGCCUCACGGCCCCGCCGGUGGAGGACGACGCGGCGAGCCACGCAGGCGAGGCGGAAGAGGAGGAGGAUGAGGAAGGCGAGUCGGUGGACGAGUCCGCGGAUGAGCUCGAUCUGUUGGCCCAGGCGCCGCCGCCGCCGCCGGUGGCGACGAAGCUCGAGUAUUACAAACGCUGGGUCGUGCCACCUGCGGACGCAGCGAACCCGGAGGACUUAGAGGCGUUCAGGGAGUUUGAGGAGGCAGAGAGGCAGAGGCGGGAGCUGGGUGGUUUGGACGUGGACUACGACGACGGGCCGGAAGACUCGGGCCCGCCGGCUUCGUUCAGCUCUGACCCGGGGCCGUUCUCUGCUCUCACAGAUCUCGGCGAUGACAAGGAGGAGGAACCCUUGGACCUGCUGCCGCCCCGUCGUCGGUCGCCGAACCCACCGCCCAAACCCCGUCGAAAAUCGAGGCCGCCCCCAAAACGCGGCGACUCGUCCUCCGAGGACGAGCUCGCGGCCUGGAAGAUCGACGACACGCCCAUCCCCCGGCGCCGCUCCGCCCCGCCAAGCGAUGUCAUCGACUUGACCGGCUUGACACCCUCUUCUCCCGUCCAACCACCACCCACACAUGGCCGGCCGUUGUUCCGUGCCCGUUCGCGCGCGCGGUCGAAGUCCAAACCACCUGCGCCGGCUCCUCAGAAGCGGCCGGAAACACCGGACCCUGACCCCGCGCCCCCGUCACCCAUCGAGCCCGUGCAGCAGCUCCUGACCCCCCCGCGUUCGACCUCUGCCCCGGAUAGCGCGCGGCCCGCCCAGGACGCUAACCCAUUGCCCCGUGAGUCACCGAGCCCUCAGUUCCCCAAGGUCCGCGCGCGGUACACGCCUCGGCCUCGGCCUCGCACCCCCAGCGACGAUGAAGACGUCCCUGCGGGUCCUAGUUCGAGGCCGUUCCCUGCACCGUUCCCCAUUGGGCCCCCGAAAAAGGCGAAGAAAACGCCUCGAAGGCCCCGGUCGGAAGUGGAAGUGGUGAUCACGACGUCUUCGAGAAAGCCAGGUACGAGCCGCGGCCAGCCCCCGGCCGAGCCACCGCAGCCCCCAUCUACACCUCCUCCGAAGCGCAAAAGAGCGAAAGGGAAAGCGAAGGUCGCCGAGGCGCAACCGUCGCCCCCUGAAGAUGCCCCAGUUGCCUCCAAGCCGAAAAGGCGCUCUCAAUCGCAACCUAGGGCCCCGAGCAGUCGAGCCAAGACCCCCGAAUCCCCUCAACCACUGUCACCAUCGAUUCCGAGGGGCAAGAAGCGUCGCAGGGUGUCUUCGCUGUCUGCCAUGUCAGACAUCUCUCCAGUCAGGGCACAGGUGGCAUCGUCUCCUACCCACUCUGUCCGUAGUUCACUGCGCGGUCGGAACAAUUUUCCUGCUGGUUCCCAAGAUGGUUAUUCCUCGGACAUUCCUCCUCGGAUAUCGUCCGACCCGCCGGACGUGGAAGACGACGAAGACGAGGAUCCCCUUCUGCAUCUCAUGCCCCCGGUCCGUGCUCCGUCUCGCGCGCGCAGCUCCGCGCCCCAAAUACCCUUGGCUCCCGUAUACCCCCACAUGGCGCAUCCGUACGCUUCACGGCACGGAGACCGCACUUCCUUUCCUGCUUCUGCGAGCGGCCACGGUCGCAACGGCAGCGUCCCCGACGCCCGACACAUGUACUCGACCCCCGCCCCGCCGCUCCAGGAUCCGCAGGCCCAAUUCAUGCUUGCCCAGGCGUGGCACAGCCUGUCGUACCUCAUGGCGUCCGGCGCGCUCCCUCCGCCCCCGCCCUCGGGCCCUGGGUACAGCUUCCCCACCGUUGCGCCCCGGCCGCCGUACACGCCAAGCCACCAGCGCUACCGCACUCGCCCCGCGCACGGGCUGGACACACCCUCAUCGUCGUCCGAGGCCGGGCCGUCGCGCGCGGGGCCCGCGUACGCGACGCCCACGCACCACGCCCACUCUUACGCCCACUCCCACCCGCACCCAGCGCACGGGUACUCGUACGGGUUCGGCUCUGGCUUCUCGGACGGCACGCUCCCGCCGUCGUCGCCGAUCUCGUCCCUGCGUUCGUCGCCGAUGCUGCGGCCCGCGUCGGUGCCCCCGGGGCAGCGGAGCCGGUCGCGCGGGCGAAGGGUGUCGUUCAGGCUCGACGCGGACGAUCGCCCUCUUCCGCCGCCACCACCUUCGAGGCGCGAAGAAGAGGAAGAAGAAGAAGAAGACGCCGACGACGACGACGAUAGCGAGCAAGGACCGCAUUAUGCGCGCCAGGCCCAGCCAAGGCCGCAGGCGAGGAGUAAAGGCAAAGCUCGGGCCGCGUUCGUUCCCGCAGAGGAGGAAGAGGAGAGCUGCGACGAGGACGUCCCGUCAUCCGCGUACAGGAACGGACGGCCGCUCCCGGUCGCCGCACGCCCGCCGACGCCCGCGCGGGGAAGGGCGCCACAGAGGGCGCAGACUCCUGCUCCGCCGUCGUACCGCGACAAGGGCUCGUCGGCGCGGGGCGCGCAGUGGUGA